UGGGCCCCCAAGCCAGGAGGAAGAAGCCGGCGCGGCCCCGUCAGCAGCCGGCCGCGGCUGUUCUGGAGGACGGCGGCCGCGCUCCUGGGAGCGGGUCUGGGGUCCGGCCGGCGGCCCGAAGGUGCGGCGCCAUGAAGCUGUACAGCCUCAGCGUCCUUUACAAAAGCGAGCCCAAAGCGGUGCUGCUCAAAGCCGCGUACGACGUGUCUUCCUUCAGUUUCUUCCAGAGGUCCAGUGUUCAGGAAUUCAUGACCUUUACAAGUCAACUGAUUGUGGAACGCUCGGCAAAAGGUAGCAGAGCCUCUGUCAAGGAGCAAGAGUAUCUUUGCCAUGUCUACGUCCGGAGUGACAGUCUUGCAGGUGUGGUCAUUGCUGACAGCGAAUAUCCUUCCAGAGUGGCCUUUACCUUGCUGGAGAAGGUACUAGAUGAAUUCUCCAAGCAGGUCGAUAGGAUAGAUUGGCCAGUAGGAUCACCUGCUACAAUCCAAUACACAGCCCUGGAUAGUCACCUUAGUAGAUACCAGAACCCCCGAGAAGCUGAUCCCAUGAGUAAAGUACAAGCUGAACUGGAUGAGACCAAAAUCAUUCUGCAUAACACCAUGGAGUCUUUGUUGGAGCGAGGCGAGAAGCUUGAUGACUUGGUAUCCAAAUCAGAAGUACUGGGAACACAGUCGAAAGCCUUCUAUAAAACUGCCCGGAAACAAAACUCAUGCUGUGCAAUCAUGUGAUGUAGCCCACAGAGGCAGGCGCUGGAUCGUCAUGUCACAUCAGAACUACAGCCCCUGAAGAUGAAGCGAUACCCUAGAAGAAGACCUGGAGCCAGGCUGACUGGCUGUUUUUAUUUUGAAGUUCUCAAGAGGAGUGAAGGGGAUGACUUAAGGGUGGGAACAUUGACGUUCAUAUGUGUGCUUGUGACUUUGGGAAAGAAUCUGAGGUCCUCAAAGAUGUAAUGUUGGGAAAAUGAAACCAUAAACUCUUAAGUGGCUCUUA